UGCAGGCAUCUCUGUGAUCUUCAGGCUCAAGGCUGCACUCGGCGCACAACACAGCGAACUACACUGCAUCAUUACUGGAUAGGCAAAGGACCACUGUGUAUCUAUGACUAUUUUCCUGCUCUUGUAGCAGCUUUUCCCCCUUCUUCCCGUGCACUUUAAUUGGAGAAGCUCGCCAAGAUGAUGUCCAUGAACAGCAAACAACCGCACUUCGCCAUGCAUCCGUCUUUACCCGAGCACAAGUACACCACUUUGCAUUCCAGCUCGGAAGCUAUAAGGAGAGCCUGUCUACACACUCCUCAGCUGCAGAAUAACAUCUUUGCGAGCCUGGAUGAGACCCUGCUGGCCCGGGCUGAGGCUUUGGCGGCCGUGGAUAUCGCGGUGUCCCAGGGCAAGACGCACCCGUUCAAGCCCGACGCCACCUACCACACGAUGAGCACGGUGCCAUGCUCGUCUACAUCCACGGUGCCACUGGCCCACCAUCACCACCACCAUCAUCACCACCACCAUCCAAACUUGGAGCCACAGGACAUCAUGGACCACAUCUCCUCGCCAUCCCUCUCUCUGAUGUCCGGGGCGCACGACGGGUCCGGAGGAGGUGGCGGUGGAGGCGGCGGAGGUGGUGGCGGCGGAGGGCUCAUCUCCACCUCCUCUGCCCAUCCGCACUCUCACAUGCACGGCUUGAGCCACCUCUCCCACCAGGCUAUGAGCAUGAACUCGCCUCUCACCCACCACGGGCUCUUACCGGGCCAUCACGGAGGGGGUCAAGGCUGCCCAGGACUCACUAACGCCGGACUGCCCUCCAUCAAUGACUCGGACACAGACCCAAGGGAGCUGGAGGCUUUUGCGGAGCGCUUCAAGCAGCGAAGGAUCAAACUGGGGGUGACCCAGGCGGACGUGGGAGGCGCUCUGGCUAAUCUCAAAAUCCCCGGCGUGGGAUCACUGAGCCAAAGUACAAUUUGUCGAUUCGAGUCGUUAACUCUGUCCCACAACAACAUGAUUGCUCUCAAACCUAUCCUCCAGGCUUGGCUCGAGGAGGCCGAGGGGGCCCAGAGGGAGAAAAUGAGCAAACCUGACAUUUUCAACGGAGGGGAAAAGAAACGCAAGAGGACCUCGAUAGCGGCCCCGGAAAAGAGGUCUUUGGAGGCUUACUUCGCCGUACAGCCUCGACCGUCGUCCGAGAAAAUAGCAGCUAUAGCAGAAAAGUUGGACCUGAAAAAAAAUGUGGUGCGAGUGUGGUUUUGUAACCAAAGACAGAAGCAGAAGAGGUUGAAAUUUUCCGCUGCUCACUGAUGGGCAAAGAAAAGAAGAAAAAAAAAGUUGUGUGACUGAAUUUGGGGACCAAGGGGCACUAAAGACACCAUUUUCAGUCUUUUGUGUCCAGCGAUUUUACACGUUGGUGCGCAAUGGGCUUUAGAUACCCAUUUUACGAAGCUUCAUAUAUCUUGUUUAUUUUCACGUUAUUGGUGAAUGUGAAGUAUGCAAAUAACAGAUUACACAAGUUUCUCUCAGUUGUUGCGAGGAGAAAGUUUAGCGACGUCAACAUUGCCUUUUAAAACAUGUGGAAAGAGGUAAUUUGCUUGAUACUAUAGCGAGUUAUUUUCUCCGUAUAGGCCUAUUAUUUGAAGUAUAGCCAUUUACAAAUUACCUCAUUGAUUGUUGAACUGUGUUUUGGUUUGAUUUUUGUCGUUGUUGGUAUAGAAUAAUUCAUGAAUCUGUUCAUUUAUUCAUGUGUUCAUUUAUUCUCAUUUGGAGGCUGCUACAAACUCAAAUUUAGUUGCAAAAUUUCUAUGGUGAACGAAAAAAAAAUGUUUAGGCCUGCAUGAAAUCUUAAUUCAUGGGCUGCAAUUUAGCCUCUAUAGGCUAUCACAUCUAGAGAUAUAUUUAUUUUGAAUUUGCACAAAAGACCCUUUAGGUUUAUAGAUCGGAAAUGGUUUUGUAUAUACAGACAUCACGUUGUCACUUACCAGAGGAGAGCUCCCGUGUUUUGGAAAUAAAUUAUAGGGUUUAUUGACACCACCACAACGAGGAGUGUUAAAAAGUGUUCCAGUGAGCACGAGAGCCGGUCUGUUUUAUCAAUGAGAGAUACAAAAAUUAAAGUUUUUUCUCCAUGUGUUUCAGUUUGCAGAGCAAACAGACUAUGCAUUGGAAACAGAAUCACUGCGUACAGUAGAGCUGUCUACUGAUAAAACCUUCUUAUGUGGAUGGAGUAAGUCACUGUUAAAUGCCUGUUUUCACAUU